AGCACAGAACUACAGCCAGUUCUGGGGAAUGACCUUAGAAGAAGGUUUCAAGUUUCGCCUAGGAACCUUGCCACCGAACCCCAAGCUUCUGAGCAUGCAUGAAAUAACAGCUUCUUUACCUGCCCAAACUGAUCUGCCAGAGGUUUUCAUUGCUUCUUAUAAGUGGCCUGGAUGGACUCAUGGUCCAUUGGACCAAAAAAAUUGUGCUGCCUCCUGGGCGUUUUCCACUGCAAGUGUGGCAGCAGAUCGAAUAGCAAUUCAGUCCAAUGGCCGAUACACAGCCAAUCUGUCCCCUCAGAAUUUGAUCUCUUGCUGUGCCAAGAAAGGUCAUGGAUGCAGCGGUGGAAGCAUUGACAGGGCUUGGUGGUUCCUGAGAAAACGUGGACUGGUAUCUCAUGCUUGCUAUCCACUUUUCAAGGACCAAAAUGCCACCAAUAAUAUCUGUGCCAUGGCAAGUUGGUCAGAUGGGCGGGGAAAACGGCAUGCCACAAAGCCCUGUCCCAAUAACAUAGAGAAAUCCAACAGGAUCUACCAAUGUUCUCCUCCAUACAGAGUCUCUUCCAAUGAAACUGAGAUAAUGAGAGAAAUCAUGCAAAAUGGACCAGUUCAAGCCGUAAUGCAGGUCCAUGAGGAUUUCUUCCAUUACAAGGCAGGAAUAUACAGGCAUGUUGCAAGCACCAAUGAAGAAUCAGAAAAGUAUCGAAAACUACGGACCCAUGCCGUCAAACUCACGGGAUGGGGCACACUGAGAGGAGCAAAAGGGAAGAAAGAAAAAUUUUGGAUUGCUGCCAAUUCCUGGGGAAAGUCGUGGGGGGAGAAUGGCUAUUUUCGGAUUCUUCGAGGAGUAAAUGAGUCUGACAUUGAAAAGUUGAUUAUCGCAGCUUGGGGCCAACUGAUAAGUUCAGAUGAACCAUAACUAUUAAAUUUCCACAAGGCCAUGCUUAAGUAACUCCUUAAAUUAAAGUUAGCAAUGUGAGUUUCUUUGUGACAGUGGAAGCUUUGUCAUUCCUCUUUGUACAUAAAUCAAACCUGUUUUCUUAUUUUUCCCCAGAUUCUGUUCUUUUGCUUCCUUUAUAUUACUGAG